UAACUUAGUUAAGCCAUUUUUUGGGCUUAUUCAUUUUCACCAUCUAGGCUAACCUAAGCCGAAAGUUAGCCUACCCUUUAGUUGGCUUAUUCUUGACUUACGACAGUGUUGCUGUAGUGCACAAUGUAAAUGAAAGAAAUAGUACUUAUUUCGUUUGUACAGCUAUAGCAACCCCGCUAUAAUAAUCUUGGCGUCUUUAUUUGAAGUGGUUUAUAUUUCUGUGUUAAAUGUAAAUUUUUGUAAAUAAUAAUGGAUUUUGUAGAUUCAGAUGAAAGUGAUUUCGAUUUUGAUGUUCUACAAGUAAUCGUUCUUCGACGAAAAAGAAAAAUAAAAGAACGUCCUGAUUUUUUUCAUUAUUACGAUGAUGUUGAUUUUCGUGAUCGAUUUCGUAUGUGCAAAGAUGCUGCUUGGUUUAUUUUUUCUUUAAUAAAAGAAAAAAUUUAUAUUGGAACACGCAACAACGCUAUGCAACCACAUCAAAUGUUUUUCAUUACACUCAGGUUCUAUGCAUCAGGAUCUUUUCAGCAAACUGUGGCAGAUCUUUGCGGCGUUUCAAAAACAAGUGCAUCACGGGCUAUUAAACUUGUAUCUCAUCAUAUUGCUUCUUUACGGGCAGAUUUUGUUAAACUCCCUCAGACGGAACAGGAGCGUUUGAGCACACAGGCUGCUUUUAAAGAAAUUUCAAAUUUUCCGCGUGUAAUUGGCGCAAUGGAUUGCACCCAUGUUAAAAUCAUGUCGCCAGGAGGUGAUGAUGGUGAAGUCUUUCGUAACAGAAAGGGUUUUUUCUCGUUCAAUGUGCAAACCAUAUGUGAUAGCAAUUUAAAAAUAUUAGACAUUGUUGCCCGAUGGCCAGGAUCGGUUCAUGACUCAAGGAUUUUCCGUAAUUCGCGUAUUUGCUACCGAUUGGAGGCGAAGGAAUUUCUAAAUGCAGUCAUUGUUGCUGACAGUGGUUAUGAAAACACGAACGUCGUGUUGACGCCGCUUUUAAAUUGUAGAAAUAGAGCAGAAAAUCUGUAUAAUGAGUCGCACAUCAGAACUCGAAAUUGUAUUGAGCGCUCAUACGGUGUGUGGAAGCGCAGAUUUCCCGUGCUAUCCAUGGGGAUUCGAAUGAAGGUCACGACAGUUCCUUACAUUAUUGUUGCAACAGCAGUACUGAAUAAUGUUUGCAUUCGCUUUAAUGAUAAAACUGCACCACAACUUGUACCGGAAAUUGAUGAUGCCGUAACUAAUGUUUUAACAGUUCCACCAAACCGCUCAAAUGAAGGACGUUCUCGAAAUGACCAAACAAGAAAAACAAUAAUAGAUACAUAUUUUGCUCAAAUGUAACUUUAU